AUUAGAAUAUAUAGAGGAAACAUGGCUUGAAAAUCCCCUCAUGCCACAAGACCCCUACGACAGAGCCACAACUCGUUUCUGGUCGAAAUUCAUUGAUGACAAGUUCAUACCAACACUUGGGAUGGUUCUCAAAACACAGGGGGAGGAACAAGAAAAGGCAAUGAAGGAGGCAGAAGAGGCUCUUAAAACCCUAGAAAGGGGCGGCCUCAUAUUUGGUGGAGAAGCAAUCAGCAUUGUCGAUAUUUCUGCUAAUUGUUUAAGCAUCUGGUUGGAAGUGUUUGGGGAAGCAAUUGGCACAAAAUUUAUAGAUUCUGAGAAAUUUCCACUCAUUUGUUCUUGGAUUGAAGAGUUCACAAGCAUUGAUCUAGUCAAGGAGAGCUUUCCUCCUCGUGAUAAGCUUCUCGCCUACCAUAAAAGGUUGCUAUAAAGACAUGCUCGCAUCGAAAUUUUCUCCGAAUUAAUGAUAUCAGUCUGUGAGUUUAAGGUUUUCACAUGGAGUCAAAAAAUAAUAACAAGAAAGAGUUGGAUUGUGGAAGAUUUCUUUGCUCACAAUUUGCAUGUAGAGUUGAGUAACUAAGGAGAUCGCAUCUUGGGCCACAGUGAUUGUUGCUUAA